GAGAAUCUAGACUAUGUAGGUUCUAUAAUGUGACAACCAGUGACACAAGAUCCAAGGAUGAGUUUGAGUCAGUGUUGGAGGCUAACCAUGAGGGAUGUACAGACAAAGUUAAUCCCCAUCUCACCCACUCUUUCUGGGGAGAUCAGAGCAUUGAAACCCCUCCCAGAAAAGAGUGUCAUGAGCUUGAGGCUCAGAGCCAAGAUGCUAAUGAAUUGGGCUUAAGGAAUUUAUGUUAUUCAGAGGAAAGUGAUGAUGAGAGAGCCAAAGCAAAAUCAGAGACAGAGAAACAGUUAGCUGCUGGGGAACUGUGUUUUACGAUUAAGGAGAAUCUGGAGAAUGACAAACAGGCUGAAGGAGUAGCAGAAACCUCAGAUGAGAUCUCAGCAAGAGUGGGUUUUGUAGAUAAUGUUGAUAUGGAGUCAAAAGGAUUGGAGCUAAAGGCGAAGGAACUGUGGAAUGCCAUGGAAGAAGAUGAAGAAGAACGAGCAGCAGCUGUGAGUGGAGAAUUGGACUGCUACAGAUUUAAGAAAGGAGAUCUCCAUCUGUGGCCUGCAGAAAACGACCAAUGGGCUUCAGCAGAGACUAGAAACCAAGAGGUGGAACUAGGGACGGAGUUAUUCUCGAGUUUCAGCAGUGAUUCUUGGGGAAACAAAGAAGAAGCCGUUUUUGGGCAUCGAUUCUGGGGGGCCGAAGAGAAUGAUGAACUUGCAGGUAGUGAGCCUCAUCCUUCUGUCCAAGAAAGUGGUAAAGACGGAGCUAAUGAUGAGAGGCAAGGACAGGCAGACAUCAUUGGAGUGGAUGAAGGCAUUCUACCGAUCCAGCCCAUGUCCACUCAGGUUUCAGGGUUAGUGACAAAUCAGAUUAGCCAAAUACUGAAGAUACAGCAGGAAGAAAAUCUUGAAACUCCAGAUCUGGAGAUGGAGGAACAAGACAUUAAGGAGGAAUCUCAGUUUGUGGAAGUUGAGAAUUUGGAAAACCCAGCACAGCAGACUCUCUUGUGUAGGAGAGGAGAGGAUGGCCCACUUUGUGAGAUGGGUAGAGAUUCUGAGAUACAGAGCAGUGAUGAUAGAACCUCCAAUAUGCUAUCUUUGCACAGAGGAGAUUCUGCUGAGGAGAAUCAAAACUUCAACAGAUAUUCAGAGAUAAAUCAACAGUCAGACAUUGUCGGAGAGGACGCAAAUGUCACCUGUCCUCAUUCAUGUUACCACAGUGAAGAGAACGAGGAAAGCUCCACAAAAACACUCUCUGAAAUGAACAGAAACCAGGGAAUAGAUUGUAUGGAGAACUGUCAGGUUCUGAGUGCAAGAGAUGCACCAACGGAAGAAAGACUUGAAGAUAAUGUCUUCAGUUUGGAAACCCAAUCUCUUGAAACAGAGAAUACAAAUUCAUGCCAGACCAAUUUUUUUAGGAGUGCACUUGAGGUAGAUUGUGCUCAUAUGGAAAAUCAAGUUCUCAACACACACAAACAUGAACUUGAACUCUCUUGUGAGGCAUUUCAGCCUGUGGAUACUGAAGAUAAACUGCCCAUUGAAAAUGCAGGUGAAAAUGUAGAAAGUCGUUUCCCUGGUAUUGGCCCAUUCAAUUCUAUCAGUUUCAGUGACAGCUACAGUGUCCAAGGUACAGUUUCUGAUAGAGAAUCAGUGAAUAAAGUAAUUUACAGUGGGCAUCCACAUCAUGCACCAAGUAUUACAGAAUCUGAAACCCAUUUUCAAGAAAAUAAGUCGAAAAUCCAAAACAUACUUGCUUCUGAAUGUCAUAACAUAGAAAUCAAGGACAUAAGUUAUACUGGCUUAGAUUCCUCCCACACCAAAAAAGCUCCCCAGGCUUCAUCUUUGCCUGAAUUUCUUUUAGAAAAUAAACAAAUCAAUUCUACCAGCAGUGAUUCCACUACACAAAUUGACAAUGACUCACACAUGUAUUCUUCGGUUGUUUCAUCCAAUGUUGAACGAAAGCAGCAAUCCACCAUUUCAGAGGAAAUAGCAGUUUUUGAUUCAGAUAUGCCCUGUUCUGAGAGAGGACAAGAUCGUCAGCCUUAUAAAGAUUCUGGUGAGAGAGUAGUCCCACCGAGUCUAGACAGCUUGCCAGAGGCUGAAACAUUGUUGAUGGACAUAGUUUUGACAUCAGAACACAGUCUUGAUGAGGGACUCAGUUGUACCACUUCUGUGUCCCUUGAAGACACUGGGCCUCCUCCAGAGUCAUGUAGGGAUAUCACUCAGAACAAGGGCACCUCUGUAAAUCUGGGACAUCCAUCUGUACAGCCAGCUAAAAUCUGCCACCCCACAGAUCAGCAGGACCCCCACCAGCAUUUCAUUGUGGGUAAAAAUGAAGAAAACACCCUGUCUCAGAAAAUAUCUCUUGCCCAGUGUUCACUGACAUCUAUCCCUGAGUUGUUGAUAUCUGAGUGGAAGGACUUAGACGAGGAACCACUGGAAGAUUUUGAGAAGCUAGAGCAACUAUGUUGCAUUUCAGGAGAUGAGGACACACUUGGUGAUCUAUUCUUGGGCAACCUUGAAUUAUUGGAAUCCCUCAAAAAGACUCCUGAGCAAAAAUCCCGAGGCUCGGGUGAGGCAGGCGCAGGCAAAGAUAAGUCUCCUACUCGGGAAGGGGAGAGGAGAAUAGGCCUUCGGGGAGAGGUGGAGGGAGACUCUAAAAGAUACUUGCCAAAAUCCGAUGACACAGAUCAACUCCUGAGACCCAGUCAAUGUCAACAACCUCAGAGCAACCAAGAGACGGUCCCGGGUACAUCCUCUCUGACCCAGUCUUCUCUUGGAGAGGAGAAACAUGGAUUAGAAGAUCCAUCAUUUACUUCUCCAUGCCACAUGUCUGAAAAAAACAAGGCUCAGCGGUCGCUGUCCUCCAAAAUGCCAACUAAAAAUGGCUUAAUGAUGCAGGUGUGUGAGGAGCGAUUGCAGUACUCUCUCAGUGAAAAUGUGAAGAAGAAUGUGUUAUGGGGGACAACUGUGAGUGAGGCAGUUGUUCUUCAUCCCUGGAGUGGCCUCGUGACAGAGGAAGGAGACAGACAAAGAGAAAAAGACAGUCAAGGAAGUGAUCACAAAGAGGAGUGCCAGCACGCAGCCCAGCCAGAAAUACAGGAUGAACCCUUUGUGGCCAUGAGCGACCCUUUUACUCUUGCUAGGCCAGAGGCGGAGAUCACACCCCCUUUGGUGGUUGCAAACCAAGCAAUGAAAGCCAAACUCGCACGGCUCUCCCUCUCCCUGCCUCCCCUUGCACUCUCUCUCCCUCUCUCGCCAAGUCCCCGGGUAGGAUUUUGGGAAGUUGGAGAAAACAGAGAGAGAGGUGGGAGAAGAAGAGGAGCAUCUACUGGAAGUGACCCUGAUGAAGAGGAAGAUGAAGAUCAAGAAGAAGAAGAAGCAGCUGGUAGAGUGAUUGUUGUCACAGAAACAGAUGUUGAUAGACGCGUGGGAUUGCGGAGCUUAUUAAAAUCACCACGGGAACCAGUGGAAAGGGAAAAGGAGAGAGGAAGAAACGUGUCUUUCUUUGAUGAUGUCACUGUCUAUCUCUUUGAUCAGGAAACACCAACCAAUGAGCUUAGCACUGGCUCUGCACCCCCGAGUCCAUCUCCUGCUCAAGAUGAAUUAAAGAAUGCCUCAACCAUAGAGGCAUUAGGAGCAGCUGGUACAGUGGAGUCCAAGGAAAGUGAGGAUCUGUCAAUCAACCCAAAACUGUCAGGGACUAAUCCUGUGACAUCAUCACGCUUUACUGUAAGCCCUGCCCAUGACCCUCAUUUAGUCUGACACGCUUCUCUUUCAUUUCCUGACCUCAGCCCUCAAUGAAAACCUGAAAAUAUUGCUGAAGUUUAUCCUGCUGUCCGCUGUUGUCAGAGUUUACUUUAAAGUGAUGGAAAGACUCCCAUUCUAGAUGUUUGAGACAUUCCAGGUUUUACCGGCUGCAGGACCUUGAAUAUGAAGCUCCCCCUGGAGUUGUUUGUUUCCCCUUUUUGUCACCUCAUUUGAGGUGUAUUUGCAGAUACUGCAUUAACAUACUAUUUUGUGAUAUUGAUAUAGCGCCUGUAGCUUAGUAAAAUCUGAAACUGAUUUAACUGCUAUGCAAUGGAAGUCUUUAAGUUAAUCUCUUUUCUCUUUCGUCCAUCCCUGCCUACCUGUUAUUUACAGGGGUUCUCUCUUUCUGACCAUUCUUAUGCCAAUGUGUAAGCUUGAAUUUAAGUCAUUACAUUGUAAUAUAAUUUUCAUUUACAGUUGACCAUAAGUGUAUGCCACAGCUGGGAGAAUCCCCAGUUGAACUAUUUGAAAGUACUCAUUGUAUAAAAAAAAGAAAAUUGUGAAUCUUUCAUGUGUAUACAAACUUAUUUUAGAGUAAUUUAUUUUAGAAUUAUUUGUAGCAUGAAUGAACAGGUUAAUAUCAGCUAUUUACUAUUUGUUUUAUGUCUAAUUUAUUUUUCCAUUUAGUUAUUUCACAGGGCCGUGUUUAUGUAUUUAUUUAUUUAUUUAUUUAUUGCAUUUCAUAUGGUUAUUUGUGUUACAUAUUUAUUUAAUAUCAAAAUGAUUUCAGAUGAAAUUCAUGUAUUAAAUUACACCCGUUUUGGUUUGUAUGAUCACAGUCAAAUGACUGAAGGUAUUUUUUUCAAGCCCGUUACAUGGGGCUGAGAACAUAGUUCAUCUUAUCAGUAUUUCUGUCUAUCCAUCUGUGUAAUUUGGUUGUCUGUUAAUUUUUGUUAUUUUUAUAUUCAUCUUAUUAUUCAGCUUAGUUUUUGGUCCUGUUUGCAUUUAUUUUGAGGUCAAAUAAAAAUAAUCCAGAACAUGUGAAGAGAGUCCAUAUUCUUAAAUAUGGCCCUAUGAUCACAAGUCAUUUUAUAUUUCAUUUCUAAAACUUACCAUACAGGCAUCCAUUUAGGUCUAACUAGCUCAUUUGUUUGUCUGUCUCAGUGUCGAUUUAAACUUGUAUUGUUUAAUGAGGGGAGUUUCAUGACAUGCUGUAAAAAGGGGGAAAUGCAAACAAUGUAAGAAAAACUGUGAAACCUUUAUUUCAUUGUUUGAUGAGAAUAAAUUGUACUGUCUUCUA